GUCGCCGCUCGUAUGGGUGCUGCUGUUUUUGCAGACUCCUUCCUGCUGCUAAAGCUGUUCCUGUUCCUGUUCCUGGAAGGUGGGGGUAGGGGAAAGAAGAAGAAGAAGAAAAAGAGAAGGAAGAAAAGAAGGGUUUGCCCUGGCUACCGGCAAGCAGGAAAGAAAAAGCGUUCCCACCUUGACCCCUCUACAUGGCCGGGAAUUUCUGGCAGAGUUCGCAUUACUUACAAUGGAUUUUGGAUAAACAAGAUCUGCUGAAGGAACGCCAAAAAGACUUAAAAUUUUUAACAGAAGAAGAAUAUUGGAAACUACAGAUAUUUUUUACAAAUGUUAUUCAGGCAUUAGGUGAACAUUUGAAACUAAGACAACAAGUUAUUGCCACUGCUACUGUCUAUUUCAAGAGAUUCUAUGCCAGGUAUUCCCUAAAAAGUAUUGAUCCAGUGCUAAUGGCUCCCACGUGUGUAUUUUUGGCAUCCAAAGUAGAGGAAUUUGGUGUGGUUUCAAAUACAAGAUUGAUAUCUGCUGCUACUUCUGUAUUGAAAACUAGGUUUUCGUAUGCCUUUCCAAAAGAAUUUCCUUAUAGGAUGAACCAUAUAUUAGAAUGUGAAUUUUAUCUAUUAGAGUUAAUGGACUGCUGUUUGAUAGUAUAUCAUCCCUAUAGACCUCUACUUCAAUAUGUACAAGAUAUGGGCCAAGAAGACAUGCUGCUGCCUCUUGCUUGGAGGAUAGUGAAUGACACAUACAGAACUGAUCUUUGUCUGCUGUACCCUCCUUUCAUGAUAGCUCUAGCUUGUCUACAUGUGGCUUGUGUUGUGCAGCAAAAGGAUGCUAGACAGUGGUUUGCGGAACUCUCUGUUGAUAUGGAGAAGAUCUUAGAAAUAAUCAGGGUCAUUUUAAAAUUGUAUGAGCAAUGGAAAAACUUUGAUGAAAGAAAAGAAAUGGCUACAAUUCUAAGCAAGAUGCCUAAGCCCAAACCACCUCCAAAUAGUGAAAGUGACCAGGGUCCAAAUGGAAGUCAGAAUUCUAGCUACAGCCAGUCUUAGACAUUCCAAAGAAAUGAAUUGUGGACCACUUUGGAUUAAGACACAUUGGGAUCUUUUCAUACAUGGAAGACAUGGACAGAAGGUUUCAAUAACGUCUUUUCAGAUAGAACACAAAGUUUCUAUCAAGUGUACAAAAGCUUUUCCUUAAACAUACACCCAUUUGAAUUGUGAUACAACAGAAAUCAAAAACUGGAUAAAAAUAAUGAUGUAAUUCAGUAUGGACAGACUAUAGUAAAUUUUGUUAUUUGAAAGAAAUAGUGGUGAGUUAAACAAACUUAAAACAAACAAGGAUAACUGUGAAUGGAUCUUUCUUGCAACUAUAGUUUAACUAUGGAAUACAAGAGAUGACUUGAGAAGUUGGAUUUGAGAUCCUAAUUGUUCAGAUAUAUACUUGCCAAUGGAUGUUUUAAGAAUGCACUGCUGUAAUAAAUGCCUUAGGGAAAAGAGAUAAAAAAAAUUCCUUAAAAUGUAUAAAAUGUUGCAUUCCUCAUCCGAAGUUUAAGGAGGUACUCUACAAUACCUGUAGUUUGCAAGAGGAAAUCCAGGAUACCCCCAAAGUGCAAUAUAUAUAAUGAAAACUCUGGCUGUUUUAGGAAAGAAUGUGCUAUUAAGUCCUUGACAUAUUUUGCAAUCCAAUCAAAUAAAUCUAACCUCUUUGAGGUUAUAAUGGUGAAUAUGUUGUGUGCUAGAAGUUUGCCUUCUGCUUUCCCAGUUACUAGGAAUGGCUUUUCUCUUGAGAAAACAGAAGCAUUUGAGAAUAUGAUUCCAUAAUAAAAUAUAAAUUACUGUACAAAUUAACACAAGAAUCAUUCAAAGACAGGAUGUUCCCUUUUUUUUAAACUCUGGCCAUCUGCUGUGUUCUUUAGUCAGACUUCCCCACUUAAAAAGGGAUUUAGUCCAGAGCCCUAAAUUUUCAUGGACUAUUUGUUUGGGACC